AAAGUUAAUUUCAAAAAAAAAACCGCUCUUUCUAUUUCUAUAUCUACCCCUGAAGUAUCAAAAUUUGUGAUAUUUUCAUCCCUGGAAAGAAAAUUAUAUCUGUGUUUUGAGUAAUGACUUGGAAGAAUAUGGUAUCAUCGUGUUUUUCAUCUCUUCAGAAUUUUCCAGGUUUCUUUCAGCAAGGAAGAAUGAGGGAAGUUGAUCUUGGUGCACAUACUAUUAGAUCUCAUGGAGGGAAAAUUGCAAAGAGCCAUAUGCUUGAUUGGUUUAUUUUAGUUCUACUUGGUGCUAUAGAGAUUACUCUCUAUCUCAUCACUCCUUUUAAUCGGUAUGUCGGAAAAGAUAUGAUGCGAGACCUUAAGUAUCCUUUCAAAGACAACACUGUGCCUACGUGGUCUGUACCGUUAUAUGCAGUUCUGCUGCCUAUUGUUGUAUUUGUUUUCGUGUAUAUCAGAAGAAGAGAUGCUUAUGAUCUGCAUCACAGCAUUUUAGGCCUAUUGUUUUCGAUGUUGAUUACUGGUGUCAUUACGGAUUCUCUUAAAGUUGCACUUGGUUAUCCUAGGCCGAACUUCUUUUUUCGUUGUUUUCCGGAUGGAAAGGAAUUUUACGAUCAGCUGGGAGAUGUAAUUUGUCAUGGAAAGGCUAGUGAUAUAAAGGAAGGGCAUAAGAGUUUCCCAAGUGGCCAUGCUUCAUGGUCCUUCGCUGGUUUAACGUUCCUGUCGCUGUACCUAUCCGGUAAAAUCCAAGUAUUUGAUCGCAAAGGUCAUGUUGCAAAACUGUGUGUAAUCACGCUGCCUUUACUUGCUGCUGCUCUUGUCGGCGUCUCCCGCAUAGAUGACUAUUGGCACCACUGGGAGGAUGUGGUCGCUGGAUCUCUUCUAGGACUCAUUGUGGCUACAUUUUGCUAUAUGCAAUUUUUCCCAGCUCCAUAUCAUGAACAAGGAUGGGGGCCUUACGCAUAUUUCCAAGCAUUGGAGCUGCGUUCAGAUAACACAGGGCAUGCUAAUUCACUUAAUAUGCAGACCAUGGAUGCACAAGUAAUUAAUAUACAGCUUAGUCAAAAUCGCGAAGGGUUCGAGUCCUUGGACGAAUUAGAAUCUGGUAGACGAUGAAUUUACGUAAAUGAUCUUUAGUUGAAAUGUAUAUGUAUGUAGUGAGGUUUUUGUUUUUAAUCAUUUAGUCAUGUAAAUACACAUUUAUUAAUUCACUUCUGUUGUAGGUUUUGGCAGUAAUUUUUUUUGUUUUGUUAGAAGAUAGGAUGCAUUUGAUAAUCAAAAUUAUGAAUUUUUAUGGUUUCUAUA